UUCAGUGAGGAAACAUCGCAGAGCUUGUCUGUUAUUAAUAAUUUCCCCCUUUAUUCAGGAAUAACUCCAGGUGUUUCAACUGAGAUCUGCGGGAUAAAACAUUGUAAAAUGAUGUUUAUUAAAGAAGAGAGUGAGGACAUGAGUUAUCCAGAAUCAUGCAGUUCAAAUGUCAUGAAAAAUGAAGAUACUGAGGAACAAAGAGAGCUGAUGGAUGUGAAAGAGGAAAGUCCCAAACUGAAUGAAGUGGAAGAGAAACACCAUCCAGAUCAGACACCUUAUAGUUUCAAAACAGAACAAAAGUCUUUUAAUGACUCUCAGACUGAAAGUAAUUUUUCACAAAAAAGAACUCGAAGAACAAGAGCCAAAAAAUCUUUCUCCUGCCAUCAGUGUGGGAAUACUUUUACACGUAAAGCAAGUCUUAAUAAUCACAUGAGAAUUCACACUGGAGAGAAGCCUUUCACUUGCCAACAGUGUGGGAAGAGUUUCAGACUGGCACAUAGUCUCAAAAGUCAUUUGUCUUUUCACUCUGGGGAAAAGUCAUAUAGCUGUGAUCAGUGCGGCAAAAGUUUUUCUUCAAGAUCAGUCUUAAGAACACACCUGAAAAGUCAUGCAAAUGAGAAGCCUUAUUUGUGUUCUCUUUGUGGAAAGAGUUUUUCAUAUCUGCACAGUUUAAAAGACCAUCAGAGAAAACACACCGGUGUGAGAGAUCAUGUUUGCUCUGAGUGUGGGAAGGCCUUUCACAAAGUUUACGACUUGGAACGCCACAAAAGAAUCCAUACUGUAGAAAAACCUUACAAGUGUUCACAUUGUGAACAGAGUUUCACUAUUUCAGGAAACCUGAAAAAACAUGAGAGAGUGCAUACUGGAAAGAAGCCGUACCACUGCACUUCAUGUGGGAAGAGUUUCACUAGUUCAGGAAACCUGACAAAACAUGAUAGAAUGCAUACUGGAGAGAAACCAUACCACUGCAAUUUAUGUGGGAAGAGUUUCACUAGUUCAGGAAGCCUGAAAAAACAUGAGGUGGUGCAUACUGGAGAGAAGCCGUACCACUGCACUUCAUGUGGAAAGAGUUUCAUUAGGUCAGGAAACCUGAAAGCACACAUGAUAAUACAUACAAGAGAGAGGCCGUACCACUGCACUUCCUGUGGGAAGAGUUUCUUUAGGUCAGGAAACCUGAAAGAACACGAGAAAUUGCAUUCUGGAAAGAGGCCUUACCAAUGCACUUCGUGUGGGAAGAGUUUCUUUACGUCAGGAAAUCUGAAAGAACAUGAGCGAGUGCAUACUGGAGAGAAGCCGUACCACUGCACUUCAUGUGGGAAGAGUUUCAGCCACUCAAGUUCUCUACUGACUCAUAGAAAAAAUCAUUGUCCAGGGUUGUCACAGUGAGCAAAGUUCAUCUUUAUUUGCCUGGCAAAUAGUAUGAAAUUUAGAAGAAAAAAAAGCAAUAUAUAUUUUCUCCUUAAAGAACAAUCACAAUUAAAGCUGAAGUAUGUAAUUUCUAUAUGUAUUUAAUUAUGUAAUUUACACUAGCACAACCGAAUGGAACUGCAAAAAAUAAAAAAAAUUUAAAAAUAAAAUAAUAAUAAUAAAUUUUUUUUUUUUCAAAACAUUUCUGAAUAUGCCUUUUCAUCUGCUAUUGAUCAAACAAAGAGAUAGUCCAGCCCCCAACUCAUGCCACUGGUUGAGUAAUGUUGUUGGUUAGGUCUAAAUGGGUCGCUCAAAACAAACACAUUUUUAAAUCGCCACAGUAUUUACAGUUUUCGAGGAAAAUUAAUCCAUGAAUGGCUUACCUAUAGUUGUCUCUAUAUAUUAAGAUGGGAUAGACGUAUUUUAGCACUGAAAAAGUUGGGUGAAGUGCUAUAUUACCUGAAGUGCUGAUUGAUUUGUUCUAUGUAAGGUGUAAAAGGAUGUUUGUACUUUCUCAGCAAACCAAAAUGAAGUCAAAACAUUAGUUUAGAAAACUUGUUGAUGCUGUGAAAUGCAAAAACAUUUUUAUGAAUUCUUUUCUUCAGUAAUGCUAAAAAUGUCAUAAUUUUUCUAUUAGUCUAUUAUGUCCCCAUUCAUUACCAUGUUGUUAACUGUAAUACAUGGCAAACUUAAAGACUUCAUCCACUGAAAUCAUUAAGAGACUCAUUAAGUUUACUCUAUGGUGUUAAAAGGUUAACCAGUCAAAACAUUGACUCUGUUUUUAAAAAUAUUUCUUUAAAAUUAAAGCUGUACUACAGAAGAUUGUUUGGUUUAAAAUUAACAAAUUGCCAUUAUUGAUUGAGUACAUAAUAAAAUCAGUGUUCAAAACAAUAUCUUCACCACUGUAAGCUUAUAAAAAUGAUUUGUAUUUUGAGCUGUCAGGUCGGAUUUGGAGUGUAAUCGCUGGUUUAUGUCGUUCAUCAUUGCAUCAUUAUGUCAUGUCCGUUAACAUGGAAAAGAAGUACUGGCUGUCACGUGUUCAGGCUGAGGAAACUUCGCUGUUCAGUCAGUCACAGUCACACAGUUCAGGACAGCAUCUCUGCAGUGUGGAUGGAUGUUAAUUUGUUAUUUGUUAGUAAUUUGGUACAAGUUGUUUACCUGCUAUAAUGCUUGGAUAUGUUUUCUGGUAAGGUUGUUGAAGCUUGUAUUGCUUGUCAUGCUUGUAUGAAUUGAACAUUACUCGUGUGUGAGCUGAUCACAGUGUAUCUACGUUGUGAAGGGGCUGGUUUACCCAUCUCUUCAGCCUAUUGAUGAAUUGAAUACAUUCAUUAACAAUAGUUAUAAUCAAAAGAUAAUCAAUGUGUUUUUAAACCAUGUGCAUUUAUUAAGGUUGUUAUAUAUAUCAUAAAUGUUGCAGGUCAUUUGUGUAUUUGUCCAGAUACACAUGUGAGUUGUAACUUUUUAAUUGAUCAAAGUAAGAGUUUUAUUGUGUUUAAGUUUUAGGUCAUUAAUUACUGACACAAAUACAUUCUUAGUAUUCAUCACUAAAAGUAUAUUUCUACUAACUUUGCUCUGUUGUGUUUGGAUGUAUUGUUCUCUCAUCAUGUUUGUUCCAGCUGGAUAAGGCCAGUGUCCCAGUGCGGUUCUCAACCUUGAGUGAAAUGUUGUGUUCUGUCUAAUGAUGUCAUUGCAGGGAUUGUUUGUAGUUGUGAGAAUCAUGUGACUAAGUCAGAGGAACUGGACACCAGUGUAUCUAAAGUGAAGACUCACCUCUGACCCAUUUCUGCAUACCAACUUGACUUAGUGUCUUAAAAAUAUAAUCUCUGAAUGAUUGCAUUCACGUAGUUAAACAGAACAACAUGUUUGCAAAAUUUCUAGAAUUUUCUGUACUGUUCACCUAUCAGAACUUUGUAAUCAUAAGAGAUGAUGUCAAUGCAUUUGCAUAUGCCUAAAAUUACUGUUGUUUCUGUAAUCUAAGUUAGUUUGAAGUUAGAUCCUCAACUCAUUUUCUGUUUCUGUCUUUUGCCUUUGCAAAUGUGGAGAACUUUGUCUUCAGUAAACUCUGUCUUCAUUGACUGCAACUUCUAUGUUGACUCCUGGUCAUCAUUGUUCAUACUGGUCUCUUAACUGAGUAUAACUGUAUUACCUUACAGUUUAAAUGGUGGAGAAUGCGGGUACAUUUUAUGCAGCCUUUGAUCAACCUUAUUGAACUAAGGUAGGUAGUUUAUUUAUUUCAAAAGGUUUAUCUGGUGGAAACAUUUGAACAAGACAGGUUGGAGGUAUUUCAAGACUUUAAGUAAGGUUGUCGAUUCAAGAUUUUGGGUAGUAGCAAAGGACCAUGGGUGUGGUUAUUCAGGAGUAUGAGUAAUCAAUACUAUGAGGUAAUCGACCUGCAGACCUCUGGGGCAUUUGUUCAAUGAUUCCACACAGAUAAGGGGCCCCGAACUCAGUGGCAGAAGAGAUUAGGCAGCUGAGAAAUAUUUAGAAAUGUGCGCACUAAAAACAGUUAUAGCGGUGGUAGAUUGUUGAAAAAACAAUGUAAAAAGUUGAAACCAGUGUGUUACAAUGUUCAAGUGUUCAAUAUUCAGGUAUUCUCCACAUUUCCAUUGUGCCACUAUACUACUGUCUGAACUUUUACUUUUCUGUUAGUUUAAAAAGGCGAUUUAUGUUAUUUUAUCUGAUAGAAUGGAAGUUCAUUCUCCUGAGAAAGAGCAAAAAAGAGAAAGUAGUCCUUUUCUUUCGGUAACACUUUAUUUUACAGUGUCCCUGUUACAAUGCAAUUAUCCAAGUACAGAGUAAUAAAUAAUGUAAUAACAUGAAACAACAUGUACUUAUUAUGUAAUUAAUUAUGGAACAGCAUGUACGUGCACAUUGUAAUUAUGUAGGUGUAAUAGACAAGUAUUAUUGCAUGUGUGUAACAGGCCAGUCUUGUUACAUACCUAUUUGUGUAAUAGGAAGAUCUUGUUACAGUGAAACAGACAAAUGUUGUUACAUUUAAUAGCUUUAUAAUUACAUUAAAAUGACACAAUAUUACAUAGUAUUAAUCACUGUAAAAUAAAAUGUAUUUAGACUGUACUUAAGUGUACUUUAUGUGUAACAAUUUAUUACACAUAAACAAGCUAUGCUUAAGUUUAAAUUAACUGCUGUAGUACACAGCUGAAUACAUGUAAUAGCUUCAUAAUUACAUUAAAAUUACACAAUAUUACACAGUAUUAAUCACUGUAAAAUAAAGUGUACCUAGACUGUACUUCAUGUGUAACUACAUACCUUAACAAGCUGUGCGUAAGUUUAAAUAAACUCACUAUUAUACUUCUCAGUAGAUGCUAACACAAGAUUUACGUGUACUUACACAUUGCCUGGCAUGACAUGGACUUUAAUGAAUGAGACA